AUGACUGAGGAUAUUAAGAAACAAUCAGAAACAAUUGAUAAAUUAAAUGAAACAAAUCGUAAAUUUACAACAAGUACAACUGUGAAUAUAUUAAAUGAUCUACAGCUAAUGAAUAUACAUGAACAACAUGAAUGGCAACGUUACGAAUUAUUUCGAAAAUACGAACAAUUAUUACCAAAUAAAAAAACUUCUCCUUUCAUAACUCAAUCAAAUUGUUCAUCUGCAUCGUCAAUGGAACCAAUAAAUACACCAUUGAUUAUCAAUAACAGUCAUGAACAUCAGUUAAAUUCAAUCGAAGAUAAUCUAUUAAAUGAUAUUAGUGAAGACUUACGAUCACUUACUGAACAACGAGUACCAGAGUUAUGUAUUAUUGAUGGUGAACCAAUGCAAUUUACCAAUGCAUUUCUUCGUGUGGAUUGUUUAGGUACGAAAUUCUAUUGUACUAUAAAUGAUAUAUUAACUAGUGAUGGUGAAUUUUGGGUUGAACGAGAAUUUUCAGCUGAAAAUGAACGAAAAUUUUAUCAAUUUAUUGAUAUACUUUCAUUAUUUGCUACUAGCUAUGAAUCAUUAAAAGAAGUUUAUAUUGGUCAAUUAGUAGCAUUACAUUAUGAAUCAUCUUGGCAUCGAGCAUUAGUAGUAUCGAAAAGUGAAGGACCAACAAUAACUAAACAACCAAGUGCACGUGUUCGACUUGUUGAUUAUGGUUCAUCAUUAUAUGUUAAUGUUUCACAACUUAAAUGGUUACCUGAACAAUUUUAUUUAUUUCCUUUUAAAGCCGUUGAAUGUGUCUUUAGUGAAGCUAUAAAACCAACUUUUUCCGAUACAGUUCGUCUUACAUUUAAACAACUUGUACUACAUAAACGAUUACGUGCUACUGUUUAUGAUAGAGAUGGUACUCAUAUAUGUGUAUUAUUAAAAUGUAAAACCGAAGAAGGUAUUGUUAAUGUUUAUCGAUAUUUACGUGCACAUGAACAUAAAUCAAGAAGUGGUCGAAUGCUAGAUGACGGUGCUAUAGUACAAUGUUUACAUAAUACUGUUUUUAAUAAUAGUAAUUCUGGUUAUCAAUCAACAAUAUCAAAUAAAUCAAUGAAUACAUCUAUAAAUUUAACAUUACCUAUUUUAUCACCACCAUCACCAAUCAAGUUAACACGUGAUCAACUUGAAAUACGACGAAAAGAAAUAAAGAGAAUUUAUAAAGAACCUUAUGAUGAAAAUAAUACUAGUAUAGUGUCCAGUGAAAGUAAUGGUAAUCUAUCUAUGUAA